GCCAUUUUGUUUGUGCGGGCAGACCGUCAGCGAGACGACCGGCAGCAGGAGCGACUCCGGCGGCAGCCGCUCCGGGAACCGCGGGCAAGCGACACAGCCACGUCCCGCCGGCCACGGCCACAGACGGGGGGCAAGGCACGGCCACGGCCACGACGAGGAGGGGGAAACACGCCGACUCGGUUGCACAUAUAUAAAUAUAUAUAUUUAUUUAUAAAUAUACAUGUAUGCAUGAGAAGGAAGCAGUCGGAGCAGCCUGAGGACGGGGGUGUUGUUGCGGAGCGGCGAGGAGAGGAGAGAGGAGGAGAGGAGAGGCGGAAGAGGGGAAAACCUGCGAAAAAGAGGGACAAGCAUCACCAUGAAAGAUCGAUAUGUGUCCGUCGCGGAGGAAGGGACGAGCCCGCAUAGACAAUUAUAUAAAUAAAUUGCUGCCGGGCAGAAGGGAGAGGUGGAAAGAAAGACUGGUUUAAAGAGAAGGGGGACAUUUCCAGGACCAGCGCGAAGGGGGGGCAAUCACCAUCACAAAGAGUCCAGAGAGGAUUUUGUGAGACCAUAAAUAUUAAAAGGGGGGUGUUGAUGACCCCUCUUCUGAAAUAGCCAUCAUUUUUCAGCUAUUCGCCGUCAAUUUUCCAUUUUUUCUCCCCCCUCCGAAAUCCCACCAGCUUCGCCCACCGCCGUGGGUUCUGGUGUCGGAGGUUUCUCCAGCUCCAUCCUCUUACACAGGCGAGAAAAAUUAAAAGUGGCGAAAUAUAUUAAUCCUCCGAGGUUUUAAAAGGAAGGAGGACCCUCUGCUGGAGCCCAGGAUAAGUGGCCCGACAGAUCCGCCUAGAUAUAACUAAAUUGGAUCGAUCCUCCUGCCCUGCUGAUUGGCAAUUAGCGCCGUGAUUGCCCUGAAGGAGCACCAGGAAAUACACCUGCAUGCAAACACUCUCACAACUACACUCACCUUGCUUUUUAGGUUUUUUUGGAAGGAUCCUAAAAUAUAUUUUCUCCACCUUUUGCCAACCGUGCUGCCUGCAACAGACAUUUCGUGUGUGGGGUUGCAUCAACCAAGUGUGCAGUUUUGGGACCCAGUGCCUUGCAUGAACACGACUCAGCUGGCAUGCAGGAAAAAAACAGAAAAAAUCAAUGCAUGGACGUAUGAAUCUGCAACUGAUCUCGUUUUUAUGUGACUAGAUGCAAGAAACCAGACAACAUAAUUGCAGAUUACUGUUGAACGAAUCAAGUUUUCUCGUCGGUAUUGGCAGGACUUGAACUUUUAAGUGUUGCAUUUGAACCACUUUCACACACUUUGGGGGUCGGUGAGAAAAGUCUGCUCAGGUGAAAAGAAAUGCUAAAUCCGACCUUGGAUCUUAACUGUUGCACAAGAUAGUGGCCUCCCGGGUUUUUUUUUUUUUUGUUUGUUUUUUUUAUUAGUAUUUGGAGCCAGUAGUAAUUUCCUCGCCACCACCACCGGACCUGAACCCUCCCAUUCGUGCAUGGACUAUGGCAGACAAAGCUGAGCGCCUUGGCGGGGACGGACCUCGGGACCCUGGGUGUCUCUCAGCAGCAGCUCCGUGAGGUUUGUCGUGAAGGGCCUGCAAAGCUUCCCCUUCUCCUCACCAGUGGCGUCAAUUCAGUCCAAGCUCAGGUCUGCAGGAGCCGGACCCUCGAGGGGGGGUGAGACCAGACCAGCCCAGAGAGGAGGGAGCAGCCCCGCACCGCAGUCCUCUCCCCUGCCGGGACGGUGGGGGACGACACCGACUCACUUUCAACAGACGGAAAUAAGGAAACACGGUCCCCAGUGGAUCCGGUGUUUUUAUUUGUUUUUUUUUUCCCUCUUCCCCCCUUCUUCUAUAAUCCGCCAGGACUAUGGCGGAUAACGUGCUGGAGCCCGGGCCGCCCUCGUCCAAGAGGCCGCGGCUGUCCUCGCCAGCGCUGUCGGCGGCCGCCAGCGACGGGAACGAUUUUGGUUCACUCUUUGAACUGGAACACGACCUCCCAGAUGAGCUCAUCAGUUCUUCGGACCUGGGGCUGACCAAUGGAGGGGAUGCCAACCAGCUCCACACCAGUCUCGGGGGUGGCCUUGGUGGAGGUAGCCAGGAUGCGGCGUCAAAACACAAACAGCUGUCUGAGCUUUUGCGCGGUGGAGCAUCAGCUCAGUCCGGUGUCCCCGGUUCCAACAACGCAUCGUCUGGGGUUUCCAUGGGAAUCAUGGGGAACAUUAAUGUCUCCCCUGGGGGACCUCAAGGCAUGCACCCUCAGGGCCAGCCGCAGCAACCUGGAUUAUCUCAGCAGGUUGGGAUGGUCGGCGGCGUGGCCGCACUCAGUCGGACAGCAGCCAUGAUGGGUGCCCAGAACGGCAACACCGGACAGCAGCAUCAGGGGAUGAUGGGUGGGCAGGUUGUGAAUGGCUCGCCUAGAAUGGGCUACCCUGGUAAUGCGGGCAUGGGUAACAGUAGUAACGUUUUACCGGAGAGCUUACAGCAGCAACAGGGCUGUCCGCCAAUGGGAGCCGGGGGUCAAGCAGGGAUAAGACCGCAGCAGCAGGGCGCACUGAGCAAGAUGAACAUGAUGGCCAACGCGGGCCCCUAUGGCGGUCCGUACAGUCAGUCUGCUGGCCAGGGACUGCCUGGAGCAGGGCUGGGCCCACAGCUCCAAAACAAGGCAGGUCUGCCCGGCAACAUGGCCGCCCAGUUCAGCAUGGACAAGAAGGGGCCUCCUGGUCAAGGCAUACCCGGGAUGCCCGGUUCAGUCGGAGUGCCUGUCGGCGGAGCAGCAGCUGUGGCGGGGUCCCAGGUUGGACUCAACGCUGUGGGGGUUGGACCCGGCUCAGCAGCACCGACCGCUGACCCAGAGAAAAGGAAACUCAUUCAACAGCAGCUCGUCCUCCUGCUUCACGCGCACAAGUGCCAGCGGAGGGAGCAGGCCAACGGGGAGGUGCGGCAGUGCAACCUGCCCCACUGUCGCACCAUGAAGAACGUGCUCAACCACAUGACUCAUUGCCAGGCUGGCAAGUCCUGCCAGGUUGCACAUUGUGCCUCAUCCAGACAGAUCAUCUCGCAUUGGAAGAACUGCACAAGACAUGACUGUCCUGUAUGUUUGCCACUGAAAAACGCUGGGGAUAAAAGAAACCAGCAGUCUUUAGUCAACAGUGCAGCGAUGGGUUUAGUGAACGCUCUAGGUUCGGGGGUACCAGGUGCUCAGUCCAACACGCCGAACCUGAACCCCCCCAACCAGAUUGAUCCCAGCUCCAUAGAGAGGGCCUACGCUGCACUGGGCCUCACGUACCAGGGCAACCAGCCGCCCCAGCAGCUACCGCAGGCCAGCAUGCCUAACCAGGGGCUCCAGGGACAGCCUGGGAUGAGGAGCCUAAAUGCCAUGGGAGCGAACUCUAUGGGAGUGAAUGGUGGCGUUGAGGUGCAAUCCCCAAACCAGCAGCCGACCCUACUGCCAGACUCGAUGUUGCACAGCUCUAUGAGUGCACAGAGUUUGAUUGGUGAUGGUGUGGGGAACCUGGGCUCGAUGCCCACAGCUGCUGCUCCUUCUGCAGGAAUGAGGAAGUCUUGGCAUGAGGACAUCACGCAAGACCUCCGCAACCAUCUUGUCCACAAGCUAGUCCAGGCCAUUUUUCCUACUCCUGACCCAGCUGCACUGAAGGACCGGCGGAUGGAGAAUCUGGUGGCGUAUGCUCGAAAAGUAGAGGGGGACAUGUAUGAGUCAGCUAACAGUAGGGCGGAGUACUACCACCUCUUGGCAGAGAAAAUCUACAAAAUCCAAAAGGAACUGGAAGAAAAGAGGAGGACAAGGCUUCAGAAGCAGGGCGUGAUGCCGGGCCAGCCUGGCAUAGCGUCCUCUGGUCUCCCCCAGGGGCCUCCAGGCAUGGGACAGCCAACCCUGCCCACUGGACCAGCCCUCAAUGGUCCUCAUGCAGAUCCAUCCAUGGUCAGGCCAGCUGGUCCUAAUCAGAUGGUCAACAGGAUGCAGAGUCCAGCAGGAAUGAAUCAGUUUGGUCAAAUGGCGAUGCAGUCAGUGGGUCAAAGGUCGACGCCUCCUCUUCCUCACAAUCCUCCAAUGAACCAGAUGGGCAUGGGAGCGACGAGAAUGAGUCAACCCAGUGCGGCGCAGCUUCAGAACCAGUACCUCCCUCCAGGCCAGUUUCCUGGCUCUAGUCCUGGACGUGGUUCUGGUCCUGUUGGCAUGAACCAGCCAGGAGCACAGACUAAUGUGCCUUCGAACCAGAUGUCAACACCACCUUCCCUACCAGCCAGCAGCCCUGCAGCACAGUCCGUCUCAUCUGUCCCCAGCUCUGGAGCCUCCGGAGGCUCCAUGGGUCCUGCCAAUGCCAGUAGCAUGGGGUCGCUAUCCAACCUCCCACAAUCCUCCACCCAGCCCAAUGCUUUCUCUCAUUGUCCACCUGUACGAACAAACUCCCCUUCACCAGCACGCAGCCUAACGCCUCAACCCCAUCAGACGCCGCCCACGUUACCUCGCUCCCAGACUCCACAGGCACAUACUCCCAGUACACCCCAAGUCCCUCCUCCACAGAACUCGCAGCAGCAGCAGCAGCAGCAGCAGCAGCAGCAGCAGCAGCAGCAGCAGCAACAAGCCUCGCAACAGCCAACGCCAUCAGGGCAGACGGGGAACGCUGACAAAGCCAGUCAGCUUCCACAGCAGACGCUUGGGGACUUAGGUUCCCCGGAACCCCAAGCAGCUCAGACUCCGUCAGCCCGGACACCGAACCCACAUGUGCCAUUAAAGCUGCCAAAGACCCCUCUCUCUUCAAAGCCUUUUAUGGCAUCAGAGGGCCAGAUUUCUUCUCCAGCGUCAGUCACAAGCAGCACUGGUCCCAACUCGCAGCUGACGCGUGCGGACGGACCUGGUCCCAGCCUGGAAGAUGUUAAAGUAGAAGUAAAGAAGGAGGAAGAUGACGACGGAUCUGACACCCAAGGUGACGGCAAAGGAAAGAUGGGAAAGGGUGAGAACGAAGUGAAGAUGGAGGAGAAACCAGAGGUAAAGAAAGAAAAGCCAUCAGGAGAUGGGUGCAAAGAGGAGCCCAUGGACACAUCCUCGUCCUCGUCCUCUGGGUCGUUGGCGGUAGUGAAAAGUGAAGUACCGAAGCCUGAGCCGAAGAAGGAGCCCAAAGAGGAAGAGGAGGGGUCAACAUCCAACAGCUCCCCAGCCAGCGCUCAGAGCAAGAAGAAAAUUAAACCGGAGGAGCUGCGUCAGGCUCUGAUGCCGACCCUGGAGGCUUUGUACCGGCAGGACCCAGAGUCCCUGCCCUUUCGUCAGCCGGUGGACCCCCAGUUACUGGGAAUACCCGUACGUAUUCGAACUAGUAACAAAACUAACCUGGACUAUUUUGACAUCGUGAAGAACCCCAUGGAUCUGUCAACCAUCAAGCGGAAGUUGGACACAGGACAGUACCAGGAGCCGUGGCAGUACAUAGAAGACAUCUGGUUGAUGUUCAACAACGCUUGGCUAUACAACAGGAAGACGUCGCGAGUCUACAAGUACUGCUCCAAGUUGGCUGAGGUGUUUGAGUCGGAGAUCGACCCCAUCAUGCAAGGCCUCGGGUACUGCUGUGGGAGGAAGUUUGAGUUUGCCCCUCAAACUCUUUGCUGCUACGGAAAACAGUUAUGCACCAUCCAACGUGACGCUGCUUAUUUUAGCUACCAGAACAGUUCACCAAAAUAUGGGCUUCUUGCUGACAGGUACCACUUCUGUGAGAAGUGUUUCAACGAAAUCCAAGGCGAGAGUGUUUCCUUGGGGGAUGACCCCUCCCAGCCUCAGACGUCCAUCAACAAAGACCAGUUCCAGCGAAAGAAGAAUGACACUCUCGACCCUGAGCUACUUGUGGAAUGUACCGACUGCGGUCGUAAAAUGCACCAGAUCUGCGUCCUGCAUCAUGAAACCAUAUGGCCAUUGGGUUUUGUAUGUGACGGCUGCCUGAAAAAGGCCAAUAAGACGCGGAAAGAGAACAAAUAUGCUGCCAAAAGGCUUCCCCAGACUAAGCUGGGGAACUAUUUGGAGACUCGAGUAAACGACUACCUCAAGCGGCAGAACCACAUAGAGGCUGGAGAGGUCACCAUCCGCGUGGUCCAUGUGUCCGACAAGGUGGUUGAAGUCAAGCCAGGCAUGAAGUCCAGGUUUGUGGACAGCGGAGAGAUGUCAGAGUCUUUUCCGUACAGGAUGAAAGCCUUGUUUGCGUUUGAGGACGUUGAUGGGUCAGACGUGUGUUUCUUCGGUAUGCACGUCCAAGAGUACGGCUCAGAUUGCCCCCCUCCCAAUCAAAGACGGGUGUACAUUUCCUAUCUGGACAGCGUGCACUUCUUCAAGCCUCGACACCUCAGGACUGCCGUUUACCACGAGAUCCUGAUAGGCUACCUGGAAUAUGUGAGGAGGCAGGGAUUCACGACGGGUCAUAUCUGGGCCUGUCCCCCCAGUGAAGGGGACGAUUACAUUUUCCACUGUCACCCAGGGGAGCAGAAGAUCCCCAAACCAAAACGCCUGCAGGAGUGGUACAAGAAGAUGCUGGACAAGGCUGUUGCCGAGCGAAUAGUCCACGAUUACAAGGACAUCUUCAAGCAGGCAACAGAGGACCGUCUGACAAGUGCCAAGGAGCUGCCGUACUUUGAGGGCGACUUCUGGCCCAACGUACUGGAGGAGAGUAUCAAGGAGCUGGAGCAGGAGGAAGAAGAGAGGAAGAGGGAGGAGAACAGCACCUCCAACGAGAGCACGGAUACCUCAAAAGGAGACAGCAAGAACGCCAAAAAGAAGAACAACAAGAAGACGAGCAAGAACAAGAGCAGCUUGAGCCGAGCCAAUAAGAAGAAACCAGGGAUGCCCAGUGUUUCCAAUGACCUUUCCCAGAAACUCUAUGCCACCAUGGAGAAACACAAGGAGGUUUUCUUCGUCAUCCGCCUGAUCGCGGGCCCCACUGCCAACUCGCUGCCGCCCAUCACCGACCCGGAUCCACUGAUGGCCUGUGACCUGAUGGACGGCCGGGACGCCUUCCUGACUCUGGCCAGGGACAAACACCUGGAGUUCAGCUCUCUCCGGAGGUCUUUGUGGAGCUCCAUGUGUAUGCUGGUGGAGCUCCACAAUCAGAGCCAAGACCGCUUCGUUUACACCUGCAACGAGUGUAAACACCACGUGGAGACCCGAUUCCACUGCACCGUCUGUGAGGAUUACGAUUUGUGCAUCACCUGCUACAACACUAAAGGUCACGAGCACAAAAUGGACAAGCUGGGUCUGGGCCUGGAUGACGACAGCAACAACCAAGCAGCAGCAGCUACUCAGAACCCCGGCGACUCGCGCCGCCUCAGCAUCCAGCGCUGCAUCCAGUCGCUGGUCCACGCCUGCCAGUGCCGCAACGCCAACUGCUCCCUGCCGUCCUGCCAGAAAAUGAAACGGGUUGUCCAGCACACGAAAAGCUGCAAACGCAAGACCAACGGCGGAUGUCCCAUCUGCAAGCAGCUCAUCGCUCUGUGCUGCUACCACGCCAAGCACUGCCAGGAGAACAAAUGUCCCGUUCCGUUCUGUCUCAACAUCAAGCAGAAGCUCCGGCAGCAGCAGCUGCAGCACCGACUCCAGCAGGCCCAGAUGCUGCGGAGGAGGAUGGCCACCAUGCAGAGGGUGGGGCAGCCCGCCGGAGGACUGCCCGGAGGACCCGGGGUGGGACUCCCAUCGCCAGGAAACAAUGUCUCCACGGCGCCCAGUACCCCGACUUCAGGAGGAACGCAGCCCCCAACUCCGCAGACUCCCACCCAGACGAUGCCCCCGGGCCCUCAGCAGGGGAUGACUCCUGGGAACGGAGGACAGCAGCAACCGGGAGGGAUGCCCCCGCAACACCCCAUGCAUCAGUUCCAACAGAUGUCAGGUGGAGGCGGAGGGCCAGGGGGAAUCAUGAACUCCCCCCAACAUCAGCAGCAGAUGCUCCCUCAGGUGCAGCAGCAGCAGCAGCAGCAGCAGCAGCAGCAGCUGCAGCAGCAGCAGCAGCAGCUCCAGCAGCAGCAGGGCGGACCGGGGCUCAACCCCCAGCAGCUUCAGCAGCACAACAAUCUGCAAACGUAUGGCGGCAGACCACCAGGCUCUUCCCCCCUCCACCAGUCCCAGGGUAAACCGGUUCUGGGCUCUGCGACACCUCCCCAGCAGCAGCAGCAGCCUGGCGGUGGAGUCAUGGCUGGGAACAUGGUGGGCCAACAAGCCCCCGGCCAGCCCCAACAACAACAACACCAGCAGCAGCAGCAGCAGCAGCAGCAGCAGCAGCAUCCCUCCGGUCCUCCACCAGCAGCCGUGGAGAUAGCGCUGAAGAUCCAACAGGUGGCCGACGCUCAGAGGAAGAUGGCUUUGCAGAGACAGGCGGCCGCUGCAGGCCUGAUGCCGGCCCACCCUCACCACCAGCCGGGGCAGGGGCAGCAGCUGGCCAUGGGACACCCGGGGGCCGUAGGGAUGGUGGGGCCCCAGGGCAUGCCGCCACAGAGCCCGGCGGCGGUGGCAGCUGCUCGCGCUCACAUGGAGCAACAAGGGGCUCCGCCAGGGAUGAUGGUGGGCGCGGGCGGCCACAUGCAGCAGCCCCCCCAGCAGGGCAACCUGCCGCAGGUGCCGCUCUCUCCUCAGGUGCAGCUUCAGCAGCAGAGAAUGAAUGCUCAGCUUCAGCAGCAGCAGCAGCAGCAGCAGCAGCAGUGGGCCGCGCAGGGCAUGUCGCCCCAGCAGAGACAAGCUCUGAUGACCCAGAUGGGCCAUCCAGCCAUGAUGCCGGGGCAGCAGCAGCAGCAGCACCAACAGCAGCAACAGCAGCCUCAGAGCCAUGCUGCCCUGAUGAAUGUGGCGCAGCAGCAGCAGCAGCAACAACAGCAGCAGCAGCAGCAGCAACAGCAGCAACAGCAGCAACAGGGGGCUGCAGGCGGACCGGUCCCUGGACCUACAGGUGUUCCAGGUGUUCCAGGGGGGAACAUCCCCCAGGCGGCUCUGCAGGACCUGUUACGUACUCUCCGCUCACCCAGCUCACCUCUCCAGCAGCAGCAGGUUCUCAACAUCUUGCGCUCUAACCCCCAGCUCAUGGCUGCUUUCAUAAAGCAGAGGGCCCUGAAAUACAAGGGAGGACAGGUGGGUCCCGGAGGCCUGGGGGGGGUCCCGGGGGGGCCCGGGCCCACGGGGGGGCCUGUCGGAAAUGUCAUCCAAGGAGGGAACCAGCAGGUGAAUGUGAAUGCUGUGAGCGGCGGCCAGCCGGGGAUGCACAUGGGGGGUCAAGGAGGGACGAACGUCAACGUGGCCACCUUGGCUCAGCUGCAGCAGGUGCAGCAGCAGCUGCAGCAACAACAGCAGCAGCAGCAGCAGCAGCAGCAGCAGCAGCAGCAGAGGCCGAUGCUCAGUGCCUUACAACAGCAGCAGGUCGCUUCUCUCCAGCAGCAGCAGCAGCAACAGCAGCAGCAGCAGCAGCAGCAACAACAACAGCAGCAGCAAGGAGUUGGGCGAGGAAUGCCGGGCCAAGGGCCACAGAUGGGAAAUCUAAACGGCCCUCAGUUCAGAGAGCUGCUCAUGAGGAAACAUCUGCAGCAGCAGCAGCAGCAGCAGCAAAUGGGGGUCAAUCAUAACCAGUUUCAGCAGCCGCAGCCUCCUCAGGGCCAAGGAUUCAUGGGACAGCAGGGGAUGCAGCCUCCUGCGGUGGGGCAGGGCCCCCCUCACGGAUCCCAGCAGCCCGGUGGCCCCCCGGGCCAGCAGGGGCCGGGCUACCCCGGGUCUGUAGCCCAGCAGCAGGCCACGGCUGCACUGCAGCAGCGGCUGCAGCAUCAGCACCACCUGCAGAUGCAGCAGCAGCAGCAGAAUAGCAUGCUUCAAGGGGGUGACGGAGGGCCGGGUGGAGGGGGGGUGGGCGGUCCUCAGCAACAACCACAAGGCCCCCAGCCCAGCCAAAGUGGCCCCCCACCCCCGUCGUCCCACACGCUGCUGCAACAGGCCCUGCAGCAGAGGCUGCUCCAGCAGCAGCAGCAGCAGCAUCUGGGCCCGGGGGGGUCGCCGGCCCAACACAGCAAUCCCAUGAGCCCGCAGCAGCCGCAGCAGAUGGCCCAGUCGCCUCACCCGCACCUGCAGGGGCAGCCGCAUCCCGCGUCGCUCGCAAACCAGGUGCGCUCGCCGCAGCCUUCGCCCAGACCGCAGUCCCAGCCGCCGCACUCGAGCCCGUCCCCGCGCAUGCAGCCGCAGCCCUCGCCGCACCACAUCUCCCCCCAGAUCCAGACGGGUUCUCCGCAUCCAAGCCAUCUGAACCAGCAUCAUCCAGGAAUGGUGCCGCCUCAGCAGCAGCAGCAGCCGACAAACCAGCAGCAGCAGCAGCUGAACCACAUGGAGCAGUUCGGCUCAGACGAGAUGCUGUCUCAGCUGAGCGGCAUGGCGGCUCUGCAUGGACAGGGGGGCAGUGGUCCGGACCCGCUGGGUCAGAACAUUAACCACAACUCUCUAGACCACAUGUAGGACUUGUUCUCAAGCUGAGCUCGUGUUCUGCUCGGUUUGCCGCACAAACUGCACUCACCCAGGACAGUGUUAUUAUAAUAAUUAUUAUUACCUAGCCUUUUUCCCCCCUUUUUUUUACUAUUAUUAAAUGUUAUUUAAAAUGUUUUCAAUAAAGAUGCAUUGAACUGAACUUCCUAUGGGAGAUGAACAUUAAAUCAAGCAGUCGUUAAAUGAAUGAAAAUUAAUUGUAAGUUAUUUCUGUUAAUAUAUAUAUAUUUUUUGCCAACUGAGGACAAAGAGGGGGGCGGUUUCUCUUAACAAGCCCCCCCCCUCAUCUUCACUUCUCGCAGAAGAAAGGUGAUAUUUUGAGGGGUGGGGGAGUAAAUAGAAGUUCUUGCCUUUUUUUUUUUAAGAUUUCUUUUUUUUAGAUUUUAAGUGGUUUAAAAAUUGAUUUAAUGCAAAGAACCUUUUUAUCCGAUUUUGUUUUGCAUUUUUCAGGCUUUUUUUCUGUUUUUGCGGAGUGAUGUGUAUUAUCAAUGUAAAUCCAAACAAGAUGCAUAUCUUACCUUUUUUUUAUUAUUAUUAUUGUUUGGGUUUACUUUAUUUAUUCUUUUCCUCCGGGGGACGGGGUGGGGAUGUUGUAUACCCUGAGACUGCUACAGUUCAUAUAGAAGUUAUAUUUUUGGUAUCGACUGUUAAGACUGGGAGGGGGGGACUUAGCAGCAAGUAUGUUACUUCACUUUAGAUGUCAGUGGGAAUAUUGUCAGUGUUUUAUUGCAGCUCUCGAGGGUCAGCUCUGACUCGGAGAUGUUCAGCGGACACGUGUUGACGCCCCGGCCGGCUUCUGCGUUGGACAUCGGCCGAGCCGGGAGCCGCCCUCCCCUGCAAACCUGCAAGCCCUUUCCCUCGAAUGUGUGUGCACUCCUCCCUUUUAAAAGACGCUUAUUCUGGAGCUGUAGAGGAUCGGGGAAGCGGGGUGCAUACCUUUGUGCCUGUAACAUUUUAAGUACAUGGGCUGGGAUGUUUUGUUUGUUUGUUUUUUUUAAAAGGGUGGGUUGGGCUUCUUCUAGUGUUUUUAGGAUUCUACUGUUUGGAGUAAACAGAGGAUGACGAUGACGAUGAUCCAAAUGAACUGUGUUGCACAGAAAUGAGGAAAAAGAAGGUGAUACGA